UUGAAGCUAGCCGAAAGCAGAGUUGCAGAAAAAACAGAUGAGAACGAAAAGUUAAUUGCGGAGAUAAACAGUCUCAGAAAAGGAUUUAAUAUUGAUCGUGAAAGUUUCAAUUAUACGCAGAUUUUAGAUCUUGAAAACGAGCUAGCCUCGAAGAAGGAGAGCACAGUAAACUAUGAAUUAACACAGUCCUCACUUGAUGAUAGGCUAAAAGAGAAAGAAAUGCAGUUCAAAGACCUUGAAGAGCAAUACUCGCACAUGAACACAAAGCUUCAAACUAUAGGCUCAAUAUACUUGGAGAAGAAAGAGAUCUCGGAAAGAUCGCAGCAGAAAAACAGGAAUGAAAUUGACCGAUUGGAAAAUGAGCUUUUAAAGUUAAAGCUCGAAAGUGAUAGCAUUUACUUGAAAAGCGAAAAAGAUUAUUCCGAGGCUAAAAUCAAAUUUGACGUUUUAAACUCAUUUAUUUCAAAGGAAAGAGAAGAAAUUGUAAGGAUGGUAUGGGAUUUUUAUAAUAACGCCAAUUCGCUGUUCAAAUCAAUAGAUCUACUCGAGAAGGAUCUUAGAAAAUCUCAUAGCAGCAUUUCAAAAUAA